AUGAAAUCUUCAUAUCCUCUAUCCAAACAAUUUUCUUUCUCCAUUUUGGCCAUUCAAUUUCUCAUCAUACAUAGUGUUUCGUCACUGAACCUUACGAAUGAUUAUCUCAACCACAAAUGCCUCAUUAAUCAAGGGAAAUAUAACUUUGGAAGCGAGUUCGAACAAAACCUCAACCAAGUCUUCCAUCACAUUUCUACUAGUGCUUAUAAUAAUGUCGGUUUCGCACACACAACUAUUGGAACAACACCUCAAAAUUCUGUUACCGCCACUCUUCAGUGCCGUGGUGACUCUUAUGGUUCUAAAUGUCGUGCAUGCGUUGCUAUCGCCAUCGCGGAGUUUCUUAAGAGGUGUCCAAGGAACAAAGGUGGAAUAAUAUGGUAUGACCAAUGUUUUCUCCGUGUUAGUAUGAUCAAAGAAGAAGUUCCAAUCAAGACUAAUUUCAAGAAUAUUUUUUCAAUGCACAACCCAAAUAAUGUGAGAGGGGAUGCAACAUUGUUCGCCAAAAGGGCGAUUGAUUUUUUCUAUGAGCUAACACUCAAAGUCAGGAAAACCACCAAUGGCGGCCUCAGCCUCAUAUUUUACGCGGCAGGGAAAAAGAAAAUAGGGAAAAAUAAAUUGUAUGCAAUGGUGCAGUGUGUAGGACUAACAUUAGAUUGUAAAAGUUGUUUGAUAUGGAGUAUCACUACCCUUUUCAAGAACGGGGAAGUUAAAGAAGGAGCGAGAGUUUUAGGUACCAACUGUGAUGUAAGGUAUGAGCUAUAUCCUUUUCUUAGAAGUUAA